GCUGGGAACCAUUGAGCCGCAGAUCGUACUGAAUGGACCGUAAGUUGCGCAUCAGACUAGAAAUAGAGCAAUUGAGACUGAUCAUAAGGAUCCAGAGCUGAUGCUGUGAAGACACUUGUUGGACAAGGAGAAUGGCAGAUCCCAAAGAUACUUUUUCCCAGUAACGGAGAGAUUGAAUACGAAGCAUCCGAGUCCGAAUACGAGAAUAAAGAUGCGAAGGAAAAAGAAAUCGACGAGAAGAGCGACAUUUCAAUAAGAGACAACUCUCUAGAUCUCCCUCCUCUAUUGACAACCACAUCUGCUGCUGUGGGCGAGUUAACGUGCUUUGGAAUGAUUCACAACGCCAAUAUGAACGUGUUAGACACUGAAGAGUUAUCUAAUCUCGCUCUUGAGACUGUGUCCGAAUCCCCUGGAAUAUAUGAGCUUGAGCUCUCAAGUACGGGUCACGUGUUUUUCGUCGGCACUCCUUCGAUCUCACAUCUUGCAGUCAUGAACGAAAAGACCGCUCGAGUGCUACAUGAACUCUCUCAAAUUGAGUCAUGUAGGUUCAGAGUCUAUCUGUCCGCAGACAUCUAUGCAUCUAUUUUUGUCAAAGACGUCAAAUCAGAGAAGAAGAUCGUGCUCCAAGUGGACAUCGUCAUCUAUGGCGCCCAUACAAGCAAGUGGAGCGUAGGUUGCCUCUUUGCCGAUUCCAAAAUAUAUCUACAACAUCCAUGUUAUCAAGAUGUGGAUACUCCUUACGACAAUCCCCACGUUCUAGUCAUUACGGACCUACUGGCUAGUUCUUCUCUGUCAUCUCCUGCGCUGUCCAGGACGCGAACACCAGUGAGCGAGUUUGAAGAACUCAUGAUGACUACGAAUACGGACACCGACGACUCAAUCAGAUCUCAAGAUCUUUUGCAACGUCAGGUGGGCAAGGUCUUUGGCUCAUUAACAAGAUUCAAGUCACUGAAAAGGCUUGAAGCCGAUAUCAGAGUCACUACAAAGUUAUUACCGCACCAAGAAGAAGCCUUAGACUUUAUGGCUCAGCGAGAAUUUGGUCCCGUUCCCGAGCAGUUUUCCCUUUGGAUGACCGCGAAAAAGUCUGAGCAAACCUAUUAUGAAAAUAAGAUCACGGGAAAGAAGGAACAAAAUCGACCAGAGGAGACUUUUGGGGGCAUCCUAGCAGACGACAUGGGCUUAGGGAAGACACUGACGGUGCUCUCUACAAUCAUACGUACUGCCAGCAGCGCGAAGGAAUAUGCGGAGAUUGAUAGAGAUGGAUGCGAACUUCCCAGUUCUAGAAUACAAAACGUCCCGCAGAUACCUUCCCGAGCGACACUUGUUGUCGUCCCUUCACCAAUACUAAUUGAUGGAUGGAAAAGAGAGGUGGCGGCACACUGUGAUGGGUCGCUAAACAUCCACGUCCACCAUGGUCGAGAUAGGGCAGUCGAACACGCUGCUCUCGCAGAUUAUGAUAUUGUUUUGACUACCUACCACACUAUUGCUGCGGAAGCGCUAGACCCACAUCCUCCUCUGAACCGUAUUAAGUGGUUCCGCAUUGUUCUUGAUGAAGCACACAUAAUCCGGCGGAUGAGUACAAAGCUGCACCAAGCAGUAUCGAUGCUGUCGUCCAAGUUUCGUUGGUGUUUAACUGGAACGCCAAUUCAGAACAGCCUAGAAGACCUCGCAGCGCUCAUUGCCUUCAUGCGCUGCUCACCUCUCGACAGUAUGAUAGAAUUUCGGAAACAUAUCAUCUCUCCGGUCAUGGGAAUGGAAACCCAUGGUGUCGAGAAUAUUCGCAAUCUGUUGGAUUCGGUCUGUUUACGACGAACCAAAGAACUUUUGAACCUCCCAGAAACGACCUACGAAGAUCGACGCAUAGACUUCUCGCUAGCAGAGAAUGCCUAUUAUUCAGCUACGCAGACCGAGAGGAUUGCUACGAUUAAGAAAAGUGACAGCCAAGGGCGAAGAUCCAAAGACUUCUUUAGGAUGUUUCAACUUCAUUUGCAACUCAGACGAAUCUGCAACCACGGGACCUUUCACAAAGCAUCCUCGCAGGCUGGAGAAGAUGGCGAGUUUGAGCCGGGACAAGCAUUCGAAGUUCUCAGGAAGAAGCGGCUCGCCAGAUGCGAGUACUGCAGAACGAAGAUCGUAGGAUUGGAGGACUUGGGGAACGAAGAAAAUGUGGGGAAGUUCAGUACCUGCGGUCACCUCUUUUGCACGAAGUGUUACCCAAAGUACGACGAGUCUUUGCAGACUAUUUCAGGAGCUAGACUGCAAUGUUCGAUCUGCUCGAGGAAUACUUCUUCGAGAUCGGCAAUAUUGAAAGGAGAUUCGGAGGCCAGCUCCACUAGUUAUCAGACCCCGCGUUUGCAUUUCGCUGAAGGUGGGAUAUCCUCAAAGGUGGCGGCUUUGAUGCACGAUAUAAAGAACAAAUCAUCCGAGGGCAAAAGCAUCGUAUUCUCCUGCUGGACUCGUUCACUUGAUCUGGUCGCACAUCACUUAUCCUUGCAGAACAUCGACUUUGCGCGAAUCGAUGGGAGUUAUUCUUUAUCUCAACGACAGAAGAUACUCGACGAGUACGAGAAAGACGACCACACCAGAAUACUGCUUAUGACUACCGGUACUGGAGCUGUCGGGUUGAAUCUGACUGUUGCAAAUUGCGUGUACAUUCUUGAGCCACAAUGGAACCCGAUGGUUGAGAAGCAAGCGAUUGCGCGUGUCUUGAGACUUGGCCAACAUCGAGAUGUAAAGGUCGUGAGGUACUUCGUUAACCAAACUUACGAAGUGGUAUGUUCCAUCUUCACGUGUGAUAGGCCUCGCUGACAAUGGCAUGUAGAAUAUGAGAUCACAGCAGUUGCGAAAAAAAGGAUUGGCGAAACACAUGGACGGAAGUAGCGCUGUGUAGUAUGAAAGGCUGGCUGGAUUUCCAUGGCUGAUGGAUAUGGUCUUGCAAAUCACUGCCCUAGGUACAUCUGUGCUC